AUGGCCACCACUUCUCUCCACCAGUCCAACGCUGAAAGCGCCACCACCGUCGAGAUUCAACAACCGAGUCACCCACUUCCUAACUUUCUCAAUAGUGUUAAGCUGAAAUACGUCAAAUUAGGCUACCACUACCUCAUGAGCCACCUUGUUACCCUCCUAUUCCUCCCUCUUAUCGCCGUCACCGCUGUCCAUGCUUCCCAGGUAAACCUUGAUGAAAUCGGAAAACUGUAUUUUCAUCUCCAGUAUAAUUUCAUCGCCGUCAUGGCGUUAUCUGGAGUUGCCGUUCUUGGAUCCACUGUCUACCUUAUGAGUAGACCAAGACACGUGUACCUUGUUGAUUACUCAUGUUACCGUCCGCCGGAAAACUUGAAAGUCAAAUUCGACGUGUUCAUGGAACGCUCAAAACUGCAUGGAGGUUUCAAUGAGUCAGCGCUGGAGUUCCAAAGGAAGAUACUUGAACGUUCUGGUCUUGGAGAAGAGACUUAUCUCCCACCGGCGCUGCACAGCGUUCCGCCGGAACCAUCCAUGGCCGCUGCUAGAGAAGAAGCGGAGCAAGUUAUGUUUGGAGCUCUUGAUAAUCUGUUCAAAUCCACCAACCUUGAUCCCAAAGAUAUUGGAAUCUUGGUUGUGAAUUGCAGUCUUUUUAAUCCGACCCCGUCGCUAUCUUCCAUAAUAGUCAACAAAUACAAACUCCGGGGAAAUAUUAAAACCUUUAACCUCGGUGGUAUGGGGUGCAGCGCCGGGGUGAUCGCCGUUGAUUUGGCCAAAGACAUGCUACAGGUACACCGUAACAGCUACGCAGUUGUCGUCAGCAUGGAGAACAUAACUCAAAAUUGGUACUUCGGGAACAAAAAAUCAAUGCUGAUCCCAAACUGUUUAUUUAGAGUCGGUUGCGCCGCCGUGCUUUUAUCAAACAAGUCCACCGAUAAACACCGUGCAAAAUACAAACUCCUUCACGUCGUACGAACCCACCGUGGAUCCGAUGACACCGCAUUCAACUGCGUUUACCAAGAAGAAGACGACACCGGAAAAGUCGGAGUUUCACUAUCCAAAGACUUAAUGGCCAUCGCCGGCGGUGCAUUAAAAGCAAACAUUACCACUUUAGGCCCACUCGUCCUUCCGAUCAGCGAGCAGCUUUUGUUCUUCGGAACCCUAAUCGCAAGAAAACUAACAGACUCCAAAUUAAAACCUUACAUACCGGACUUCAAGCUUGCGUUUGAUCACUUCUGUAUUCAUGCCGGCGGGAGGGCAGUUAUAGACGAGCUGGAGAAGAACUUGCAGUUGUCGGAGGAACACGUGGAGCCGUCGAGGAUGACGUUGUAUAGGUUCGGGAACACGUCAUCAAGCUCGAUCUGGUAUGAGCUGGCUUACACGGAGGCUAAAGGGCGUAUGAAGAAAGGAAACCGUGUUUGGCAAAUAGCUUUCGGCAGCGGGUUUAAAUGUAACAGCGCCGUUUGGGAAGCCAUUCGAGCCGUCAAGCCGUCGGAUAGUAACCCUUGGGCCGAUUGCAUUCAUAAAUUCCCUGUAGAAAUAUGUGUGUAA